AUGACUACCGAAUUUUUUAAAAAAUUAUCUUCAGAUUUUACACAAAUACUAGACAGCAGCGAAGAUUAUGACGUCAUCAUAGAAGUUGGAGAAGAACAAUUAUAUUUAAUUCAUUCAAUUAUUUUACGUAAUCGCUCUCCUUAUUUUCAAAAACAUUUGCCAAUUUUGGCACGGGACGAAUUCGAAAUAAGAGAAAUAAAAAAACCUUAUAUUCCCGUUAAAGUUUUUGAUAUUAUUAUUAG